AUGGGGGGCUUAAUCCCCCGAGCGCAGGCGAGGGGUGAAGGCUGGCUGACAGUCGCGCGAAUCGCGAUUUUGGAAUCAUCUGUACCCGAACUGCUCCUCCUGAUAUCCAGCGACAGCAGAAUGCUGACAAACAAGCAGUGUCACGGGAAUGGGCAGCCGCCACGGCCAUGGCAUUGUGAAGUUCACAAUAAUAACAGCCUGGCUGGCUGCAAGCACGACCAGCACAGCACCUGGGCAGUACAUACGAAGCAGCUGGCAGAUCGGCGUGUCCGCGUGGUAGGCCUGUACAGUAGCGACACCGCAUGCGCAUUCUGCCCUCGGCAUCACAUCGCCCUUCGGAUGUCAGCCACGUUCUUGUGCAACAUUCGCUUCGUAUACAGCUACAGCUACAGCUACAGCGGCAACGACAGCAACAGCAAUAGCUACAGCUGCCUAAAAAGUUGGCCGUGGAUCAUGUCUGUCAAUUACGACUUCAUUCAAGGUGCUGUGUUGUUGUCGUCCCCGCCCUCGCCCUCGCCCUCGCCCUCGCCACCGUCUUGUUUGUGCAUAAAUGCAUGGUCAUGUCGGAUCGAACCGCGCAAUAAUGAAUGCAUGCCGGGGACAUGCUCGACUCGGGACGGUAUGAUUACUCCCGGCGCCAGUGUUACACCUGGCAUACUGACGCUGUCAAGUGAAUCGGCGGUCAACAUUUCGCUGAACAUCAUCAGCAAGCAUAUCACGCUCAUGCGCAUUGCUAUUGGCGCGCAAGCGGCUGCACGGCAGGAUUACCAUGCGCGUCCGACUUACUCGUUCGCUUCGAUAUCGCUAGGAAGCGUGAUUUGCGGGCAUGCAACACUCAUGCCGUAUUGGCGCAGCUGCCCGUAUCAGAGCGACACGGCGCUCGUAGUAGGACCUCCGCGACCAUUACCAUUGAUACGAGAAGUCCUUGAAAGAUCCACACCCAACAGCCCCAAAACUAUUCGCUCCCCCAGCACGUUGAUUAUGCUACCCGGCUCUGGAAUCAUUUAUCUACAUCAGCUGCAAGACCUGAUCACAGGAGUCGGUACUCCCGUCAUUCAACAUCUCUGGAAAAUGCAACUUACGAGUGUCCACGGUGCCAGUGACUCGCUCCUCCAUAUACACGGCGGUCCUGGUUUGAGAACCAUCCACAUCUGCCACGGGCCUAUCCACAUUAGCUCCAUUUGCUCAUUGCCUGUAGCCUGGAACAUGGCACUGCAUUCCAUUUGCAGAGUUCUGAUUUAUCACAUUCCGCUCGGGCUGGAAAUUGGCCUCAGCAGUCAGGAUCAUGAAAGUGCUGACCUUCCUCAAAUACUGGCUGCAGAGUCUUUGACACCAUCCCAGCAAGCGGACUCCUCUUGCUGCGGCAUAAAUCACGGCCGUCGACACGACGUGGCAAGAUCCCCUGAGGGGCGGGCUGGCGAGAUCGCUCAUAGCUCGCUGAUAACAGAUCGCAAUUCUCCAGCAAGCCCGGCAAAGAUCUCCCUCCGUCCCAAGUCGGUCGACAAUCCCAAAGGCGAACAGCUACGCCCGAGUUUUAUGCUGCCUGAGGGACAUCUCGAUAGCGCACACGCGGCCGGGAGACUUCGUGUGGUCGAGAUGCGAGCCAUCCGAGCGUCUAUUGAGAUUGCAACUCGCAAUAAACAUCUCGUUAGGCUUGAGUGUCGCUGCGGUCUUGCUCAAUCACCGUCCACGCGUGGCUCGCUAGUACCAUAUAAUAUGAACGUGUGCAAAAAACUCUCAACCAGCUUCAGCAAGUGCGUUCUAAUCUCUCUGCCGCGAAGAGCCUACUCAUCAGCGAAGACAAACCCCAUCCGGUCACGCCUGCGUAUUUCUCAGCACUACUGGGUUUCUCGGGUUACGUGA